GUGCUGCUGAUGCCCAUCCGAGGUUGCGAAUUACUGCUCUGCUCUGAUGCCAGCUCUCCGAGGGACACUCUGGCCUGCUUGGUCCCCAUCCCUGUCCCCAAUGCCUGGCGUCGAGUAGGCGUGCCAUAAAUAUCUGCCGAGUGCAUAAUAACGGUGAUGACGAUAAUAGCAGCUAGCCUUUGAUUGAGGGCCUCCUAGGUGCCCGGCUCUGCGUUAAACUUUCCUGGAGGCUUAACUCAUUUAAGGAGCCAGCCCAGCCAUCAUUUUCACAGAUGGCGAAACUGAGGUUCAGAGAGGCCAAGCGCCGUACCCAGGGGUCCCUCAGCGGGAGAACUGGCAGGAAACCCCUCGGUUCUCCUCGGAGCCGGGCGGUCGCGCGUGUCCGCCGCCGCGCGAGUGUGCCCCCGCCUCGCGCGGCCCAGGGCGGCAGGGGGAGGAGCGCAGCGGCGGCGGCGGCCGUGGCGAAAGUGCGGUUGCGGAUGCGCGGUGAGGCCGGCGGCGGCGGCGGAGGAAGCUCAGCAGGGCGGCGGCGGCGGCGGGGCUUGCGGGGCCGGGGAGCGCGCCAUGGGUCGCCUGCACUGCACGCAGGACCCAGUGCCCGAGGCCGUGAGCGGCGACAUGCAGCAGCUGAACCAGCUGGACGCGCAGCAGUUCUCUGCCCUGACAGAGGUGCUUUUCCACUUCCUAACUGAGCCAAAAGAGGUGGAAAGGUUUCUGGCUCAGCUCUCUGAAUUUGCCACCACCAAUCAGAUCAGUCUUGGCUCCCUCAAAAGCAUCAUGAAAAGCCUCCUCCUGGUUCCAAGUGGUGAGUAACCUCUCUUAUCAGCUAUGGCCAGAGACACUAACU